AUGAAAGUUGAAUGCUCCAAGUCUUCUGAAUUGAUCUCAGAGGUCAAUAGCCAACCUCUUCAUCCUGUAACUGAUUUACAAUCACCUUCCAAACGGCUCGUCAUCAACCCAGCAUUAUCUGAACUCACACAACAAACCUUGAUUGAUGUCAACAGUCAGCCAUUCAGUUUGAAAGAUAACAAUACACUUGUGACCUAUCAAGAAUUUGGUAAUCCUAAUGACCGAGUACUGUAUUAUCCAUCUGAGGGUUCAUCUACCACGCAAACAGCCACAGAAACAACAACAGCAGCAACAGAUAUGGUUGAUAAUCCUGCCAUGAUUACAGAGUUUUACGAGCGGUUUGCCACCGGUAAUAUGUUUCCUUCACUUGCUGAUCUUCGUACAGCUGCAUAUGAGUACGGCAAGAAAUACAAUGUGGCUUUAACGACAAGCAAAUCAGACAAGACAAAGGUCUACCUCAUCUGUAAGCACGGUGGUCAUUAUCGUCAAAACGAAAAACGAGAUAAAAAGAAGACAGAGAUUGCAGUGCCAGAUAAAGAGGUCAAGCCUCGAGUCCGAAGAUCUCAAAAGACAGGCUGCGAGUGCAUGAUCUAUGCUAGGUGUAGUCGAGAUAGCUUCUGGAUGAUUCGCAAGAGUGUUGCCGAGCAUAAUCAUCCGAUCGCUGAAGACCCACGUACGUACGCAAUGUACCGAUCCUUGUCACCUGAAAAUCUUUUGAUUGUUCAUCGAUUGCUAAGAGAACGUGUGGGCGUAUCGUAUAUUGUAAAGUCGUUAAGAGCAAGCGGAGUCACGAAUGUGAUUGCGAAGGAUAUUGAAAAUAUACAGCAAGAUAUGAAGCGUAGAGAUACUCUUAAUGAACAGCUGCAGUUACAAAAUGCUGUUAUUCAAGCCGGUUUACCUAUCACUCAACAAACCAGCACUUUUACCACGGAUCCUUCUUCUUCUUCCAAUCCUUCUACUGCUACAAGUGAACAACAACAACAACAACAACUUAACAGUAAGGAUAACGACGACAAUGCCCACCAAUAA